GUCUUGAAAAAUCACAGUCAGUGUCAAGAGGUACAUUCUAAUAGUAGUUCCCACUUUUGCUCUGCCUUUAGUACUUUGGUGCACCAUGAAUCGUUUACUGAUAUUUUUGGGCUCAGUAUUUAUUGCAUUGUCAUCAGCACUGCCCUCUGACCGAUGGCCUAAUGUAUUACAUGACAAGCCUCAACUAGUUGUCAUAAGCCCUACCACAGAACACACUGCAGUGAUUUACCACCACGAUAUAGCUCCCAAAAAAGACACAAUUUUCCACCAUCCUGGAAUCGGACAAAUCUACCCUCCACCACUUGAACUUCCAGGGCCACCGCCAUCACCAAAAAAACAGCAUAAUCGCUAUGAUGAAAAAGUGUUGCGCAAACACUACAAUGAUUAUUUGAAUAAAAAAGUGGCGUUCAAGAAAAAUCUUAUCGAAAAGGCUGUAGUCACAACUGUAGAUGUUGCUGCAAAACUAGCUCAAAAGACUGUAGACUUCGUAUCUCGGAUUGCCAUAGAUACUGCAGCAAAAUUGGCCAAAGGUGGUGCAAAGAAUGUGAUUCAUAAAAAACAGGAGAAGUUAUUUAUUCCUACUAACCACCAUGGCAUUCACUACUAAACUCGAUUAAACUGUAAAUAUGUAUAUUUUUUUUAAAAUUAUGUUAUGCUAAGUAUAGUGUCUGGCAAAGAAAAAAGACAAAUUUAAAUUUAAUCCAAUACAUUUUUAUUUCAGAUGUAUGUACAUAUUAUGUAAUUAAGAGUAGAAUAAUUUAGAUUUGUGAACUGUAGCUAGUCAUUUUACACACUUCAUUAUAUUAUGCUAUAAAUAAUAAAUUGAUAAAAACA